UGGCCUGACGGGCAGAAGUUCAACAGGUGGAUCUUAAAGAAAGUUUUCCUCCUGAGAUGAAAGAAUGGCAGAUUCUGUACCCCCAAGCUGGGGAAAUGGCAUGGGAGGUGUGUGGGGGGGAGAGUGCCAUCACUCCUCCUUCAGAGGUGGGGAGGAUGACUCCGAAGCCAUCCAGACACAACCCCAUUUCCGAUGGGGGGAUGACACACUCUGCCUUCGGCUCCCUCACCACCACCACCAUCACCACCACCAGCGUCCCCGUGAUGUCAGCCGUGCUCUCCCUUCCCCUGGGCUGGCCACAAACACACACACAAGACGCGGGCGCCUCCACCCAGACGAGGAGCCACAAACACACACCCUUCAGGCCGCCCAGCCACUCCCUUGGAAGAAAGGAGGGAGGAAGGAGCGGGCGAGCGAGGGACGGACGGAGGGACCGACCGCCCGACCAGCCAGCAGCCGACUCGGGCGCUGGGAGAGAAAAGACACAGAGGCGAAGAAGCAACCGGUCGGUCCGAGAGGCUUGGCCGCUCCUGGCGGGGAGAAAGGAACCCAAACCCCGGGGAGAAAGGGGCCCCGACCGCCGCUGAGAAGCGACCAUUGGGAAGCAGGAGCCGAGAGAAAGAUGCUGAGCCCCCUCCAGAAAUGCGGCUCGGAAGGCUGCCUUGUGGAGUGCGACUUUUUGCCCUGGCACCGAAGCACCCUCUGUCGGCGACCCGAAAGUUGUGAGGUCUCAGAGCCGGUGGGUGACCACGAAGAGCUGAGCCCAGAGAAGCCAUCUCCCCCCAGCAUCCGCUUAGAGGCGCCGGAUGCGACCACCGGCCUCCAGCUUCCUUUACAAGACCCCGGAGGGGUCUGGCGAUCCCGCAGUGAGGGGCGUUUGGACCAAAACUCGGCAUCCAGGACAGUGGAAACAGAGGGGGACAAAACCGGAAGCGGAUGGAGCUUGCCGUCCCCAAAAUCUUUGAGGAAAGAGCGAUACCUGAGUGAAAAAGUUGCCGCCGCAAAACAGCACUUGAAGAAUCUUUUUGGAGGAUCGAGUAAAGUCAGUGGAUGCGCCAUUUUCUCCUACCCUAAUGGCAUAUUGGGGUGGGGGUGUGUGUUGUUACUGGUCCUCUUUCUUCAUGUUUUUCUCUUCCCCUGUCACGAGGAACACGAGCCCAAAUUGUGUGGGUGUGUUUUUCCCCUCUUCAGCUUGCUUGUAUAAAUAUUUUAGUGUCUUUGUUCCCAAUGGUUUUAAUCUCUGGAAUUUCCUGCAAUGAAAAAUUUAUCCCAAGGCUAAAUAGAAAGCUGAUAAUUAAUUGUCAAGGAGGGGUUAUGGCAGAGGGCCUGGGACACAGGACUCAAGGGUGCUCUGGAGUUAGAAGCAGAGCGUAAUCCAGCCUCGGAAGAUCCGGGAGGCUGGUUUGCUUGCCUGUUGAGCUGUUUUGUUUAUUCAGACCACAUUUCCCUAUGACUUUGGCUCAGAUUAUAGGACGGAGACGGACCGCAUGUAGUCCUCACAUUGGUUCUCCAUUUUGGGGGCUCCUCCCAGCCUCUGAAGGGUCCCCUACCAUCCAGCCAUGGAUAGACCAAAAAAACCCCCACAUUUUAAUCU